GGAUAUGGCUGAGGAGACAAAACACACACACAAUCUCUCUCUCUUUCUCUCUCUCACUGUAAUAACUUCAAACACAAAUGAGUUCUUCUGCAUCAACUCGCAAGGGUCUGACCAAAAUCGCCGCGAACCGGUUGCAGAAAGAGUUUAUGGAGUGGCAAACCAGUCCUCCUUUUGGUUUCAAGCACAGAGUCUCUGACAAUCUCCAACGAUGGAUCAUUGAAGUGCAUGGAGCUCCAGGAACUCUUUAUGCCAAUGAAACUUACCAACUUCAGGUUGAGUUCCCUGAGCAUUAUCCUAUGGAAGCUCCACAGGUCAUCUUUCAGCAUCCAGCUCCACUUCAUCCUCAUAUUUAUAGCAACGGUCACAUCUGUUUGGAUGUUUUGUAUGAUUCGUGGUCACCAGCGAUGAGACUAAGUUCGAUCUGUCUCAGUAUUCUCUCAAUGCUCUCCAGCUCACCCGUGAAGCAAAAGCCGAAAGACAAUGACCAUUACUUGAAAAACUGCAAACAUGGAAGAUCUCCAAAAGAAACUAGGUGGCGUUUCCAUGACGACAAAGUAUAACAACUCCUAUAUGUUCCUAUAAUAUUGUGAUUACAAACAUAUUGUAUGAGCUCAGGUCGAGUUCCUCCUGAUCUGUUGUUAUAUUUAAAACAAGAACAGCUUCUUUCUACAGUUAAACCAAAUGAAAAGCUUGAAGCAUAAAACUUGAAAGUUUG